ACAGCUCUUGCACGAGCUUGGUGGUACCAUAGAGUCGAGAGCCGGUGUGCAGAGCGGAGCUGCGAGUGAGUCGCGUUGGUUUCAUUGAACAAGAACAGGAAGCAAUGCAUUAACGUAAGCGAGAGGUUCAGCGAGUUCACCAGAAUCUACUGCCGGAGGCGGCCUCGGGAUACACCUCGGAGACUCCAACAAGAAACGAGAAAGCGGGACAGGGAGACCCUGCAGCGAGCCAGGACAGUGACUUAAGCAUGUCGGACGAAGAAGGUCGCAUUCUGAGGAGUCGCCGUGUAGUUUUGAAGCCUUUGCUGGCCUCGGAAAAAGAGGAUGUUGUUAGAAGAGCUGACGGAGAAAGGACCUUCAGGACCAUGAGUAAUGGACUUACGGAUCUGGAACACGUGAUCAGCAAGAAAAUGGAGCUGAAGAGGAAAGCAGAGCUUCUCAAGACAGAGUUGAUGAAGGAAGUGGACAUUCACUUUAAUGAAUUUGUAAACAACUUAAUAGAAGAAUCAACUGUUCUAGAAAGCACGACUGCAUCAUCUAACCUGUGUUCUGGAAGUGCCGAGAAGGACGGCCAUAAAACCCGGGGACUGAGGCCACCUCCUGAACAUGGGAAACUUUUUAUUUCAAGGCGUUCUCUCUUGGAUGAGCUCUUUGAAGUAAAUCACAUCCGAACCAUCUACCAUAUGUUCAUUGCUCUGCUGAUACUCUUCAUCCUUAGCACACUCGUUGUGGAUUGCAUCGACCAGGGCAGGUUGGUUUUGGAAUUUGAUCUCCUGGUCUACGCUUUUGGCAAGUUCCCAGUCGUAGUCUGCUCCUGGCUGUGCAUGUUCUUGAGCACCUUGAUUGUGCCUUAUGCCCUCUUUAACACGUGGGCUCGGGGCUACAGGGCAUCGUAUCAUCGCAGUAUCCGGUCCCUUGUUUUUGGGUCACUUUUCAUGCUUUUUCAGAUGUGCCUGGGGUUUGGUCCAGCAUACAUCGUUGUGCAGUACAAUCUACCCCCUGCUUCCCGGUUUAUUGUCAUUCUUGAACAGGUCCGGCUUAUUAUGAAGGCACAUUCAUUCAUUAGAGAGAAUGUUCCUCGUGUCUUUUCAUUCACUAAGGAGAAAUCUUCUGUUGUUCCAGUGCCUCAAGUAACGCAGUACUUAUAUUUCUUGUUUAUUCCCACGCUGAUAUACCGUGACAGUUAUCCAAGGACCCCAACUAUUAGAUGGGGAUAUGUUGUUACUAAAUUUGCACAGGUGCUUGGCUGCCUCUUCUACGUCUAUUACGUUUUCGUCCGUCUCUGUAUCCCGCUUUUCCGCAACAUCAGCCAGGAGCCGUUUAGCCUGCGUGUCUUUGUUCUCUGUAUCUUCAACUGCAUUCUCCCAGGUGUGCUUAUACUGUUUUUGGCCUUUUUCGCUUUCCUGCACUGCUGGCUGAAUGCCUUUGCGGAGAUGCUGCGGUUUGCAGACCGUAUGUUUUAUAAGGAUUGGUGGAAUUCAACCUCGUUUGCCAAUUAUUAUCGGACCUGGAACGUGGUGGUGCAUGACUGGCUGUAUUACUAUGCCUACCGGGAUUUCCUCUGGUUUUUUGGCAAGAAGUUCAAAGCGGCAGCCAUGCUGUCUGUCUUCACCGUCUCGGCUGUGGUUCAUGAGUAUGCGCUUGGGAUAUGCUUUGGUUUCUUCUAUCCAGUUCUUUUUAUCCUGUUCAUGUGCUUUGGCAUGCUUUUUAACUUCAUUCUCCAUGACCGUCGGAAAGGUCCAAUUUGGAAUGUGGUGAUGUGGACAUCUCUGUUUUUGGGUCAGGGUGUCCUCCUCUGUCUAUAUUCACAGGAGUGGUAUGCCCAACGCCACUGCCCACUCAGCAAUCCAGCCUUUCUGGAUUAUUUGACACCACGUUCUUGGACCUGUCAACUUCGUUUUGAAGGCUAGAAAUAUUGUGCACCUGCUCAGAUGACGACUUGUGUGGCCAUAUGGUUUAGAGCCUUGUUACAUUUAAAUCAAACUAGUCAACACCCUUGAACUGGACCCGGUACUAAUUCACCAGAAGAAGAGGGAGGGAAUGUAGUCGGUGACUACCGGUUUUGUUAAAGGAAUCAUGAGCUUCAGUUUGUAUAAUGUAUUUGCUUUGGGUCAACUCAUCGUAUCGGCCACCUCGGAACAAUCUAAAAUGACAAUUUCUUUUCCUUUUUCUGAGACUAUUCUAUAACUUUCGACUCUCUCUGAAAGUGCUGGCAUUAACAAAUACUUUUCCGCGUAUGUUUUUACGGUUAAACACAUCAGGACAUUUGUCUUGUGGAUAUCUGAAGACUAUUGAAUGCGGUUUGAAUGUAAAUCUGUACCCAGGGAAGUGGAAGCGAUCGGUGGGAGCAGAGAGCCUGGGCUUCACUAGACUAUGCUUGUAGCAUUCCAAAAUCCAUGGAUAAAAGAAUUCUACAGUGAGAUUAAAUGCGCUGCGUUACAAAGCAAUAAUGAACGUGGCUACACUCUUUCAUCCCGCUCCUUCAACUGCCAAAGAAUUUCAAUGUUUGUGCUUAAAAAAAAAAAACAAAAAAAAAACUACUUUUUUAGUUG